UUGUAGCAUGGGAUUCGGUGAAAAACUGUCUUCUGCCCUUCCAAAUUUUGAGUACAAGAAAAAGAAAAGAUGUUAAAGAAUCAGAUAUAAAGGUUUGUGUGUGUCUCUACGCCUUUGAUUUGCUCUAUCUGAAUGGAGAGUCACUCCUUCAGAGAUCUCUUGCUGAACGGCGUGUACGUUUGUACGAUGCGUUUCAAGAAGUUGAGGGUAAAUUUUCAUUUGCGCGUCACAUGAAUGCCUCAAACGUUGAAGAAAUUCAGGCGUUUCUUGAUGAAAGUGUCAAAGGAAGUUGUGAGGGACUGAUG